GCUGGCCACUUCCCCCCUCCCCUGCCUUCCUUACAUAAUAUCCCCAGCCCAUAGUCGUUCGAGUAAACAACUAGAACAACGCAUCGAAGAGCGCACACCGCCACGUCGCAAACCUUAUCGACAACCUUGGAAAACCCCCAUCAUGAUCAUCGCAUCACGCGCACAGCGGGCCUGCCUGCCAGCAACCCCCGCCAUAGCGGCAGCGCACCCCUCGAGCUUCUCGAACUUCUGGAAGCCGCCUGGAAGAAAAGCUACGCAAAAGCCAGCAAUCACCCAAUUCGCCGCGCGCUCUUAGCACGCACCGCCCAGCCCGUAAUUAAGCCUAAGAUCUGCAGCAAGGCCUUGGAGAAAUCACCCGCGGCUCCAUGUCCCUGCCUCUAUACGGCGAGCCGGCGCUCGCGCCUCAAUUUCCACACUCAAUCUAUCAGAUCAUCAAUCCGGCCCUUGCCCGCCCCAGUCCGCAGCCCCAGGCCCACACGCAAGCAAGCAGAACGGCGCCGUUUAAUCUAUGCACCUCAAUAACUCUAAUCAACCUAAAAUCCACCGCUCAACCACAGAAGGGCCUCUCGACGCUCUCAUCAUCCCGGCGUCAUGUGCAUACAGCCACAGUCGUCCCUCAUCGCAUCCCGCACCCCAGCGCAGCUCCAAGUCGAGCGUCCUGCAUGCUCGCUCAAUCCUACGUUCCCCGCAAAAUCGGAAUAUUGCCCAGCCCACGCUACGGUACAUGGAUUCAUACUAUAGACCCCUCCCAUCGUACGCAAGGGGAGCGUGCUUGCGCACGACUCGCCAAUUUAGCCAUGGAAGCUUUCUGUGGGCAUUCGCUGCACGGAACGCGGUUCCUGAGCGUCGAGAAGCCGAAGCCUAAGGAGGGGGAAAGAGGCGUCCGGGGUAAGUGUGGAGAUAGAUUGCUGCGAAAAGUGAUCAUGCGGAGAGAAAGAUAGAUUGGCUUUGCCCACCCGGCACGGCGAUCUUCGCCUGCACUCUGCAACCAGCACCGUUAGCCGCGCUGCUGUAUGGAAUGUUCUGAGC